ACAUACUCUCAACACCAAUGAGCUGCUGCCGGAUUACGAUCAACGCUUAUACACCUGACAGUGUUUUCGUCAGCGUUGGCGAAAAAUAGUGGGUUUGUCUUCCAACCUAGUUAUCGAAAGCGAACCGUUUACACAUUUUCCCAUUUUGUGGGUUUUUGCAGCAACUCUCGAGGACGGCGUGGUUUGGGCAUUCUUUAAUGGGCAUGUUCCCUCUGCCCGUUAAUAUUGAGGAUCGGUACCAGAAAGUAUCGUAGCCGGUGCACUCAAUUUUCCCCGUGGUGGUGGUACGUGUUAUCCAACGCCGAGCACCUGGGGUCAGCUGAGUUGACUCGGCUUUUGCCUUUGACGCGAGCAACUCUUUGGGAGGCGACGUGAGGAACAAAGGAGGCACUGUAGAAGCUUGGCACCCAGGCUGGUGAAGCACUGGAGGGAGAACGAGCCUGGGAUUGUGGCGAAAGGCUCUAACGAUCACGGGAACUCAAGAUGACUGCUCCAGGAGUUGUUGAACCCCUCCUGGAAAGGUGUUCCUCGCCACAUUCAAGCGGUCGGUGUCUGCCGUCUGGCUCUUUGUUGUGCCUGGGAAUUGAGAGCAGCGCAAACAAGGUCGGCGUCGGAAUUGUUUCAUCAGAUGGCGAUAUCUUAUCAAACCCUCGGGAGACCUUUAUCACUCCCCCCGGCACGGGCUUCCUGCCUCGAGAAACGGCAGCACAUCAUCAAGGGAAAAUUGUGGGACUAGUCAGAAGAGCCCUCACCGAGGCGCGUGUGGAGCCGAAGCAGCUGAGUUGCAUCGCCUAUACUUGCGGGCCAGGCAUGGGUGGUCCACUGGCAGUCGGUGCCAUCACAGCACGAACCUUGUCACUGCUCUGGAAUAUUCCUCUAGUGGCUGUAAACCACUGCGUGGCACAUAUCGAGAUGGGCCGACUGGUAACGGGUUGCGCGAACCCUGUCGUCCUGUAUGUUAGCGGAGGGAACACACAGGUGAUCGGCUAUGCAGACGGGCGCUACCGUAUACUCGGAGAGACCUUAGACGUUGCAGUAGGCAACUGCAUCGACCGUCUUGCGCGUCUUCUUCACCUGCCCAAUGAUCCUGCUCCGGGGUACCAGGUAGAGCAACUAGCUCGUAGGUUCCUUGAGACUAAGAGGAAAAGGUCCUCUUUCACAGAUUCUUUGAAAACGCCUGGCGGCGGAUCUCAGAUAGAGGAACCUGCACAGGGACGAAUAGAACGAACUCAAGAAGAUCAUACAGAAAUGUUGCUGCCCCUUCCCUAUACUGUAAAAGGCAUGGAUCUUUCCUUUAGUGGCAUUCUUACUCGACUGGAAGACAUCGCAGGAACGAUGAGACGAUACGAGAAAUUCCGGAACGAAAUGCGCCAGGAUUGUGAACCAGAGGUAGAUUGCAUCUUAUCGUCAAAGCAUGCCAAACAAGAAUCGCGGGGACCGGCGCUCGUCGGGACACAUGAACCUAAACAGUCACAUGAGCUCUCUCAUUAUGGUGAGCAGAAAAGUCAAGCAGGAUGCUGUAGUGUGGAGGCUGAUACAGGUGGACCUACGGGACGGCCACCGCCUUCAGCUGACGCGAAUGCCGGAACCGCUGGAACCAGCGACGACUGUUUCGAGGGACCAGCAUCCUCAUGCAAACAACGGGGGUCAGACGGGAAGGCAGCAGAGAAACAGCAACGUCGAAGAGGAUGCAGUGGAAGGAAGGAGGAAUCCGAGUUGAGAGCAUACCCCCAGGGGCUUCAGGGGAUCCAGGGGAUGAAGAAACUGAGGGAAGGUAGCUGUGCAGCGAAAGGAAAUAGUAAAAGACAGUGUCAAAGUGUAGACAUGUUCGAGGGUUUGCCUACAUGCCUGUUGACGCCCGAAAGCCUCUGCUUCAGCGCACAGGAAAUUAUUUUUGCGAUGUUGACCGAAGUUACGGAGCGCGCUAUGGCUCUCCACUACGCUGACCAAGUUUUGGUUGUCGGCGGCGUCGGCUGCAAUUUGCGCCUGCAAGAAAUGCUAAAAGAGAUGGCGAUGAGACGCGGUGCUUCGAUGGGCGGCAUGGAUGACCGUUACUGCAUCGACAACGGAGCAAUGGUCGCGUAUCUUGGCUGCCUGAUGGCCUCUAAGGGUCAGUUUGUCGAUGUCAGCAAAGCGCACUACCGCCAGCGCUUCCGUACUGACGAAGUGCCCGUUUUGUGGCGGGAGAACGAUAACUCGCACGAGCUUGCCGAGAUGCAAGGUUAACGCGCAAGAGCGUAACAGACCCGAUCACUUUUUCUGACCGGUGAUGACAUGAUGGUGCUGAAAUGCCAAACUGGAUCAAGCUCCGUCUGAGGAGGCUCUCUACUUCUCUCCGUUAGCUUCGCGUCUAUAAAUGUGCGCAGUUACACGGGUAUUCAUGACACUACAUCGCAAUGUUUUAUUGGUUGCGAGUAACUAGUAUGACGAGUACGACUUUGCUUGCUAGGGUCCCAACUCGGUUUUCGUGGAGCAUGAACACGAUUUUUAAAAAUGAAGGUUAUUGUCGCUUCAAGGACGACCGGACACCGCUGGUGCCGGAACCUGAAGCAACAAUAAGGCGCCUGGCCUGCGAUGGGCAAGAAGCGAACGAUUGAAUGAUUCUGGGUUUUCAGUAAUGAACGCGACAGCUAACAAGGGCGUGUGGCCUUCCGUGUUUGACCCCCAAAAUGUAACUAUAGAGAAAACAGAUGACUCCAAAACUGCACUUCAGACAUACAUUUCAUGCCCUGAGGCAGUACAUCCGACAAACUGGAUGAUUUAGUUGGGACAUUGAGUUCUUUCGCGGCUCUUAUAGGGGUUAUAGAAGUUCGUCUGAAGUUUUUUCCAUUUCUAGGCUGUGCUUUUGUUGCCGCAAGCAUCGAAUGCAUUGAGGUGGCUGAUGCAACAUUAAACAAAGGGCUCUCUUUGCUCUGUACUCGGGUCCCAUUCAAGGGAAGACGAGGAACUUGAAGGAUUGGUCCGACUAGCCGGAUCUCUUUGGGUGGGAUAGCAAAGAUGGUAUCUUCGAAAAACAACAGCGAAAUGGCUUCUUGUAUAGUGUGUAUACUCGCAAAUUCUUCAAAAAAGCAUCUUCUGACUCACCGAAAGUCUUUUUCCGUGAUGCGGUACAAUGCCUCCUCCUGCGGCGACCCCCUUCCGCUGUUGUCUCAUUUGUUUCUUAGUUGGAAAUACAUGAGCAUUCACUUUGUAUGAACUAGAAUGCAAAAGUCCGAGAAAAACAAUAUCCGGCCACCGGUAGUUAUACCCGUUUUUCGGCGGUCCUUUGGUAUAUCUACAAGCGACUUGAAGCAUAACACAGAACUGAAGUCACACCACCACUGUAAAGUGGCUUACAGCCUGUAGUCAGUGGCGCGAUAUGUAAUGACUGUGCAAGUGUUGUGCCAUAAA